AUGCCCCGUCCGAAGGUCAAACCACAAGAUCGACAGCGCUCAGCACGUGCUUGCGUGCCAUGCAAAGCCUCCAAGAUUCGAUGUGAUGCCAGUGCUCCUUGUGGACCAUGCCUCAAACGUAACCGUAUCGACUCGUGCAUCUACCUGGAGUCGUCUCGGAAACGACAAAAGACGUCGCCAUUUCCGACGCCGAGUGUAGAGGACAACACUUCUCCAUACGCUUCUCGACGAGAGGGAUCUUCCCAAGAUGCUCGUUCGGAGCGGCGAACCAACGGCGCCAUGCCACCCGUUGCGAUCAUGCAGCCGUCAGCGAGCCAUGUGGGUGCACGUGCGAGAAACGGAGAUGGCACUGGCACUGGUACCCACACUUCUCCUAGCAAUACUCCUGAACCAGCCCAUUCACGGAUGACGCAGAGUCGAAUGCUGCUGAGUUCGAAAGGCGAGAAGCUCUACGUGGGCGAGAAUGCAUCACUCUCCUUCCUGCACUUCCUGCGAAGGAUCAUGAAGAAGUACAUGGGGCCUUCCGCCUUCACCGAGAACCCGUUCAAGGAUAAUAUGCUGGAGAUGGAAAUCCCGCGAGACGAGAGUCCGGUCAUGACGGAUCUUUCGCUAAGCGACAAGCACGCUCUCGUGCAACUCUACCGCGAAACCUCGAGCGGCAUUCUCGAUCUCUUCACUGUAGCCGAAGUGCGUGGUUUUCUCGAUCGUCAUACGGCUCUGAGUCCCAGCAAUGUGAUUGAGGAAGUCGACAAGAGAGCACGAGCCGAGCAGGCUGCACUGAACAUGAUGCUCGCCAUUGGCCAUCAAUGUCGGGGCCACAACAUGUUUGACGUGCACAAUGCUGCCCGCUCGUUUAGUUGCGCCCAGAAGUAUGCUUUCGAAGGCUUUCUGUGCGACCCUAGCCUGGACAUGGUGAGAGUGUUCCUGCUCAUGGCUUUUUACAUGCUCGGUGCCUGUCAUCGUAACGCUGCCUUCAUGUACCUGGGAAUCGCAUCCAAAGCCGCAUGCGCGCUCGGCUUGCACCGACAGGACCAAUACAAGGACCUUUCGGACGCGGAGAGCCUGGCCCGAUGGAGGACGUGGAAAAGCUUGCUGGUGCUGGAUACUAUCGUUUCUUCGAUCCUCGGCAGGCCUGGCGGAUUGCCGGCCAUGCGGCCUGACGAUGAUACUGCUUAUGAUGGUGACGGAGAAGUGGGAAAAGCUGAUCGACCCCGAUGGCUUGCAUCCAGAGCCGUGUUUGGGAUAUGCUCACACAUCAUCGAAUUAGAGCAACAGCUGGGCAGUGGACAGAGUAUGGACGCCCAAACAGCAGAUGCAUUCUUGCAACGACUACGAAAAUGGAAUGAUUCUGUUCCCACCGAACUCCGACACUUUGCCAGCCUCAAAGAUACCCUCGGACCGGCGGAUCGUGAGCUCUUUAUCGGUGCUACACACGUCGCCUGUUCAUACUACUUCACCAUCAUCCUCGUCACCCGACCUUUUCUCAUCUCCCACCUCAUCUCCCAAAUUCGUAAACGGAGAAAACCCAGCCUCGAAUCAACAAUAACAGCAGCAACAGCAGAGCAGCAACAACAACAACAACCACACUCGGCCGUCUCCGACCUCGCCCAAGCCUGCCUCGACAGCGCAAUUUUCAUGUCCAAAACCGGCUACAUGUCCAUCAACUCCACCAUUCUCUCCAACAACAUGUGUCUCCUCAAAGCCUGGAUGUUCGCCGCCGGCCUCCUCCUCGGCUUCUCCAUGUUUGCGCACAGUGAAGAAUCUUCUUCUUCUUCUUCUCUCCUCCUCCCGGACGUCGACGAAGCUUUCCAUAAUGCAAUUGCAGUUCUCGAACGUUUAGCAUCUGUCUCGCCGCAAGCUCGACAUUAUUUGGAAAUUCUCCGGACCUUGUCGGAUGCGAUUGUCGCGAGGAGAGAGCAAGUUGGAAGAGAACAGAGGAGGAGGAAGAGAAGUAAUCCGUACGUGAGUCAGAUUUUUACUGCGGAGUUUUGUUGUGGUGGUGGGAGGGGAAAUCAUCAUCAUCAUCAUCCUCCAGUUCCUGCUACAGCAGCGGCAUACUCUACUUCUACUACUACCAUUCCCACGCCGAAUUCUUCUCAUCAUCAUCAUCAUCAUCAUCAUCAUCCUCAUCACGUCGAUAUCAAUAUUACUGCUCCUGCUCCUGCUUCUGCUAUUGGAGGAGUGAACAACAACAACAAUCACAACAACCUCUUAACCUUUGACGAAUUCGCAAAUCCUUCUUCUAAUGGAUAUGUCGACGAGUUCUCGUCUUCUUCAGCAACUGCAUAUCCCGAUGCUGAUGCCAUUGCUGAUGCUGAUGUCGAUGUCGAUGUCGAUGUCGAUGUCGAUGCGAGUUGGAAUACAAUGGCGGAUCCUCUGCUUUCGGAUGGAUUGUAUAUUGAUUGGGAGACUUUGUGGCCGAUGGAGAGGAUGAUGAUGUGA